AUGGAUACCACCACUCUUGGUGCCUCGCCAGCACCCCCUUCUUCACCUUCCUCAACAACCUCCUACUCUUUCCCGGGACUGAAGAAAAUCUGGGAGAAGAAGUUGAGAGACGAAUCUGCCAAGAAAGCUGCUGGAUCAGCAGCAACCUCCGCCUACGAACCAGUUAUUGAUACACAAUUCGAAUAUUCGGGAGAUAGCCGCUUGCCUGAAAAGUUUAGAAGAGAGCCUGGUAUCCCACGGAUGGUAGAGCUCGGUGUCAUUCUACGCUAUCAAAAGAACAAUGGGGAGGGUGGACUGCCUUCGUGGUGGAACCUCUUUCUUGUGGAUUUUUUCCGUCACAACUACUAUCACGCGGUCACGUUCUUGAUCCAAAUCUUCUUUCGACUCUUUGUUUUCAACGUGGUUACUACUUCAAGGCCUCAAGCAUGCCGUUACGUUCUCGAUCCGGACUUUUUUCGACUCUUUUUUUCCUUCAAAAUGGCUGGUAUUUCCAGACGCCCUUGUUUUCUCGAUUUUUCGACUUUCUUUUCAUGUGUACGACUACAACAAUUUAUAAUUGCUUCCGUGUGCUGCUGCUGGUGGUGGAUGGACGGAUGGAUUGUCGCCGGAGCGAAGAGAAAGUGGCGAGACGAACGAGAAGCAGCCAAGGCAAGCCCUCCGACCACCUCCUCAACCUCCCCAGAAUCUCGUCCGGUGGCAACACCAGCCUCCAGACAAAAGCCCGGCCAAGGACUGAACGAGAACGACCCAAUGGAUUGGGAGGACGAAGAAUGGGACAUGAUGGACACUAGGGACGACUACCCCUGGCUGGGAAUGGUCGGGUCCUGCCAAGCUGCGUGGGUUUACGAGAAGAUCAUCUUCCCCAGCAUGAUCGCUGCUGGUAUUCCUCGCGAUCCAUACGCCUAUCCAUUCGUCCGAUGA